AUGGCUAAGGUAAUCGCGACAAAGAAUAAAGAUGGCUCAUGCUAUGCUCAUAAGGUAGCAAAGGGCGAAACGUGCCAAUUUAUGAUGAACAAGUUUUCCAUUACGAAAGAUAAUCUUAUGAAAUGGAACCAAAAUAAUUUCGGUUGGAUGGGAUGCGACAACGGUCACCCAUGGAUUGGAGACAAAGUAUGUGUUAGUGAUGGUACGCCUCCAAAGCCAGCAUAUAACAAACUUGCAGAAUGUGGGCCUCAGGCUUCUAGUGACGGAACUGACAUUAAAUGUCCUUUAAAUGCAUGCUGUAGUCCAUACGGAUUUUGUGGCUUAACUUCCGAUUUUUGCGCUGUAACCAAGAGUCCAACAGGCGCACCUGGUACAGCUGGGUGUCUCUCAAACUGUGGGUACGGUAAACUUCAUACAGAUACAAGAACGGACUUCAAGAAGAUAGUUUACUGGAUAGACUCGAAUGACAAAUUAAAAACUGAUCCAAAAGCUUUGAAGAGUUACUACUCGGUUCAUUAUUCUUUUGUGAAUAUUAAAUCGGACCUCACGAUCGAUGAUUCAAAAAUUAAGACAAGUUCAUUCUUGGGUAUUACGAACAAGAAGAUCGCCAGUUUUGGAGGUUGGGAAUUUAGCACAUCUCUAUCAACCUACAAUAUUUUCAGAAAUGGUGUUGCUGAUGCAAAUAGAGAAAAAUUUGCGACCAAUUUAGUUAAUUUUUUGAAGAAAUAUAACUUAGAUGGUAUUGACUUAGACUGGGAAUUUCCUGGUCUCACUGGUAUUUCUGGUAUUCCAGAUGACGAUAAAAAAGAUGGUCAAAGGUAUUUAGAAUUGUUGAAGCUUAUUAAAUCUAAAUUACCAGCCGGUAAAACAUUAUCUAUUACUAUCCCUGCUUCGUUUUGGUAUUUGAAGAAUUUCCCAAUUAAAGAUAUGCAAAAAUACAUCGAUUAUCAAGUGUUUAUGACCUAUGAUAUUCGUUCCAGUAACGAUAAUCUUGUUCAAUGCCACACGAAUAAAACUGAAGUUAUCAAUGCUCUUAAAAUGUUAGAUAAGGCAGGUGUUCAAAUAGGUAAGACAUAUGGUGGUUUGGCUAAUUACGGUAGAUCGUAUAAGUUAUCUUCAACAUCUUGUUCUACCGUGGGAUGCCCAGUUUCUGGGCCAGGUAAAAAAGGACCUACAGUUAACACUGAUGGUGUGUUGGCUCAGUCCGAAAUUGAUAAGAUUACAACCUGGGGUGUUAAAAACAAGAGGUGGACUGAUGAUGCAUCUCAAUGUGAUUUUAUGAUUUAUGACACUAACAAUAUUGUAGGCUGGCCUAAGGUUUCUCAGAGGAAUAGUAUGGAGGAUUUCUUUCACCAUUCUGGUUUAGCUGGUUCUGUAUUAUGGGCUGCCAAUUAUAACUGA